AAGCGAAAAGCUCUCCUGAGAAUUUCAGGACUCCAUUCUCCAGCAGCCAAAAACAACAAGGAAGCAAAGAAGAAAUCAGAGAAGGGCUAUUGAGAUCCAUUAUGGCUACCAAGUUUCUGUCGCUGGCAUGCAUAAGAAAUGAAAGCAGGGAUUUGUCUCCGAGGCCGCACUAUCCAUCAAUGCCCAGGUAUCCCAAAGGGGUUUCUUCUGAUGAAGAGAAGAACAUGCAGGGAUCAGAAUCCAAGGCUUUGUUCUCCGUUAUAGGCAUGAAUUGCUCUGCAUGUGCUGGCUCGGUCGAGAAAGCCAUCAAAAGGCUUCCAGGGAUCAAAGAAGCCGUGGUUGAUGUCUUGAAUAACAAAGCCCAAGUCAUGUUUUACCCCAGCUUUGUGAACGAGGAGACAAUCCGUGAAACCAUUGAAGAUGUUGGAUUUCAGGCUACACUAAUCGAAGAAGAUGCAAAUGAGAAAUCCACUCAAGUGUGCAGGAUAAGCAUCAGAGGAAUGACGUGCACUUCUUGCUCAAGUACUGUUGAAUCUGCAUUGCAGGUUAUUCCGGGAGUGCUGAAAGCACGAGUUGCUUUGGCAACAGAAGAGGCUGAAGUCCAUUUCGAUCCAAAAAUUUUGAGCUGCAAUGACCUUUUGCAAGCCAUAGAAGAUACUGGGUUUGAAGCCGUCCUUGUUAGUACCGGGGAGGACAGAAACAAAAUACAGUUGAAAGUUGAUGGUAUACGCUCUGAAAAUUCGAUGAGGAUAGUUGUAAAUUCUCUUCGAGCUCUACCAGGAGUCGAAGAUAUAAACAUUGAGCCUGAACUGCAGAAAUUAUCCCUUUCAUACAAAGCAGAUGUGACAGGACCAAGAAACUUCAUGAAAGUGAUUGAGUCAACUGGAUCAGGACGCUAUAAAGCAAAAUUAUAUCCUGAAGGGGGAGGAAGAGAUGCACACAAGAAGGAGGAAAUUCAACAAUAUUACAAAUCAUUCCUCUGGAGCUUGGUUUUUACGAUUCCUGUUUUCUUAACCUCCAUGGUUUUCAUGUAUAUUCCAGGUCUCAAGCAUGUACUAGAUACCAAAGUUGUCAACAUGCUCACUGUUGGGGAGGUAUUGAGGUGGGCAUUAUCUACACCGGUACAGUUUAUCAUAGGCCGACGAUUCUAUACUGGCUCAUAUAAAGCAUUACGCCAUGGAUCUGCUAAUAUGGAUGUUUUGAUUGCUCUAGGAACAAAUACAGCAUACUUUUAUUCAGUCUACUCAGUAGUGAGAGCUGCAAGCUCUCCAAAUUUUGAGUCCACUGACUUUUUUGAGACUAGUUCAAUGCUCAUUUCUUUCAUUUUACUGGGCAAGUAUCUUGAGGUUUUGGCAAAGGGGAAGACAUCUGAUGCCAUUGCCAAACUCAUGGACUUGGCUCCUGAGACAGCAAUCCUUUUAACCCUUGAUCAUGAAGGAAGUGUGAUAAAUGAAGAAGAAAUAGAUAGCCGCUUGAUCCAAAAGAAUGACGUGAUUAAAAUCAUCCCUGGUGCAAAAGUAGCUUGUGAUGGAUUUGUCAUCUGGGGGCAGAGCCAUGUAAAUGAGAGCAUGAUUACUGGAGAAUCAAGACCAGCAGCUAAAAGAAAGGAUGAUGUUGUUAUUGGAGGAACAGUAAAUGAGAAUGGGGUGCUACAUAUUAAGGCAACAAAGGUUGGAUCAGAAAGUGCUCUUUCCCAGAUUGUUCGACUUGUCGAAUCUGCUCAAAUGGCUAAAGCUCCUGUGCAAAAAUUUGCUGAUCGCAUAUCAAAAUUCUUUGUGCCUCUUGUAAUUGUUCUAUCCUUUUCAACUUGGCUUGCCUGGUAUUUAGCUGGAAAGUUCAGUGGCUACCCAAAGUCAUGGAUCCCAUCCGCUAUGGACAGCUUUCAGCUUGCCCUCCAAUUUGGCAUAUCUGUCAUGGUCAUAGCCUGUCCUUGUGCCCUUGGUCUUGCUACUCCAACUGCUGUUAUGGUCGGUACUGGAGUUGGUGCUUCUCAGGGUGUCCUGAUUAAAGGUGGUCAUGCAUUAGAAAGUGCACAUAAGGUGAACUGCAUAGUUUUUGACAAGACAGGGACUCUCACAAAGGGCAAGCCAGUGGUUGUUAGUACAAGGCUUUUGAAAAAUAUGGUACUGCGAGAAUUUUGUGAACUGGUUGCUGCAGCUGAGGUCAAUAGUGAGCAUCCUUUAGCGAAGGCAAUUGUUGAAUAUGCUAAAAAAUUUAGAGGAGAAGAAGAGACAAAUAUAUGGCCUGAAGUGAAGGAUUUCGAGUCCAUAACCGGCCAUGGUGUGAAGGCUGUUGUUAGAAACAGGGAAGUUAUUGUGGGAAACAAGAGCUUAAUGUUGAAUAACAACAUUGGUAUUUCACUUGAUGCUGAAGAAAUCCUAUCAGAAACUGAAAGCUCAGCUCAAACAGCAAUUCUUGUAUCAAUUGAUCACGAACUAGUUGGAGUUCUUGCCAUAUCUGAUCCACUGAAACCUGGGGCUCAAGAAGUCAUUUCCAUUCUUAAUUCCAUGAGGAUCAAGACUAUAUUAGUUACGGGAGACAACUGGGGAACAGCUCAUGCUGUUGCCAAGGAAGUUGGAAUUGAUACUGUUAUCGCAGAAGCCAAACCCGAGCAUAAAGCAGAGAAAGUUAAGGAAUUGCAGGCUUCAAAUUCUGUUGUGGCAAUGGUUGGAGAUGGAAUCAAUGAUUCACCAGCGCUUGUAGCAGCCGAUGUUGGGAUGGCUAUUGGUGCAGGAACAGACAUAGCCAUUGAAGCAGCUGACAUUGUUCUCAUGAAAAGCAACUUGGAAGAUGUCAUUACUGCCAUAGAUCUUUCCAGAAGCACCUUCCGCCGAAUCCGUUGGAACUACAUCUGGGCUUUGGGCUAUAAUCUCCUUGGCAUCCCAAUUGCUGCUGGGGCACUUUUUCCAUCAACUGGAUUUCGGUUACCACCAUGGAUUGCUGGAGCAGCAAUGGCGGCCUCUUCUGUGAGCGUUGUUUGCUGCUCACUUCUGUUGAAGAAUUAUCGAAGACCCAAGAAGUUGGAUACUUUAGAGAUGCGAGGAAUAACUGUGGAAUGAACAUUAGCAAUGGAAUAAAGGAUGCAAUUAGUUAUUGACGUUAAAUUCCUGAGUUGUAAAUAUCCAUGGUGUCCAUGGUUUUACUUCAGAAUUCAGAUCCACUUUUUAGGCUAGCUUGUAUACAUGAAAAGGAAGCAAACCUGUAAAAGAAGCAAGACAGCUUUCUAUUUCAUGUUAGAAAGUUCUCUUUCGUUA